AUGACAGUCAUUUGCAACCCUGAAACACAUUUUCCAGCAGACAAUGUCACACAAGUGGAAUGUCGUAACAACAAAUGGAUUCCACGAGUACCAAAAUGUAAACCGAAGCCAUGUCUGAUCUUGGACUUGCCUCAUGGUUUUUACAAACAUUAUGGCAGUAUUCUUACACCAGGCAAUCAAUUACUCCAUGGAGAAAGAAUGUUUGCAUCCUGUGACCCUGGAUAUCAUAUUAUUGGGAUUAAUUAUUCUGACUGUGAAUUUGGGGCAUUUUCCAACUUCACCAACAUUGAAUGUAAAGAAAAUGAAUGUUCAGCACCUAAAAGAUUUGGCAAUUACUCAAUAAGCAGUUUGGGUAACAGACUACAUGGACAGUGGUCACAUAGUUCACAGGUUUCAAUAAACUGCCCAUCUGGUUACUCCCCAAAAAAUGGAUAUGGAACAGCCAUUUGCGUUCUGGGCCAUUGGGUACCAGCAGAACUGGAUUGUUUACCAAAUAUGUGUAUUCUUCCACAACUACCCAAUGGCUAUUUCCUGUUUAGAAACCAUUGGCCAAUAAGAGAUGAGCAGUUAACUCAUGGGAAAUUUAUUGAAGCCUUUUGUGAUUCACACCAUCAAAUGCAUGGGGAGAAAUUGAUUGGUUGUUAUUAUGGCAAAUGGAUCCCAAAAAUUCCCACAUGUGAAAAGAAGAUGUGUUCUGCUCUCCGAAAUAGCAGCAUUUCUCCACUUGUUUACCUUCUAACCUCAAAUGCAACUGUUCUAUCUUUGAACAAUUCUGGGACAUCUUACCCCCACGGAAGCACUGCUCAAUUAAAAUGUGAUUCUUCAAAGUACAGACCAGUCGGUGGCAUUUUACAAUCUGUGUGUCAGUUUGGCAAAUGGUCAGUCGACAAAUUAAACUGUGAACCAAUUCCUUGUCCACCACUGGCCAACACUACCAACUCCAGAAUCACCAUCCAUAAUGCCUAUGCUGACCACAUCCCUCAUGGAAGUGUGGCUGAAUUACACUGUGAUAACUCCAGAUUCACCCCCUUGGAUAACCAUAGACGAUCAGCCUGUGAAUAUGGUCAUUGGUAUCCAGCCCAACUGAAAUGUGAACCACGCCAUUGCGAAAUAUCUGAUUCUCGAGAAACUCACUACAUAUUGCUCAAUGGUGAACGACUUCAGGGUGAAUAUGUCUCAAGUGGGAACCACAUCAAUGUUGUUUGUGAAAAGAAACAUUUGGGUGUCACUCUUGCCCUGUGUUAUCAAGGUAGAUGGGUUCCUCCCCUACCUUCCUGUUAUGAUGGUUCAUGCAUCAUUCAUGAUGUUCGAUUCAGCCAGUGGAUAGAUAUCGAGUCAAGAAGAGUAAGUCAAGAAAAUUAUGUUAAAAACAAGACACAAGUGUUUGUCAAGUGCCAAGCUGGUUAUCGAUCAAGCCAAGAGUCCGAAUACGUCUUUUCUUGUCUUAAUGGAAGAUGGAGUCCCCAGGAGCCAACAUGUCAAGAAGUCUUCUGCUACAUUCCUGGAGAUUUAUUGAUGUUUGUUCAAGAACAUCAAAAACACUUUGUGAACAAGGAGAGUCAUCAGGUGAAGGAAGGAACUGUACUGACCAUUAUUUGUCCACCUUAUUCAUACACUAAAUAUCCAGUGGUUACAACUUGCCGGGAAAAUAUGUGGCAUCCAGCGUUACCAAAUUGCUCUUUCGACUUAGCAUCCAUGACAACUCCAGCUCCAGUCCAAGCAAAAAAUCGUGGACAUCACUGUCAACAGCCAUUAAGAGGAGACAAUGUAAUAUUCCAUUGGGACAUUGACAUUGAGGAGGACAAUGCCAAUAUUAUACCUGACGGCAUUGGUCUCCAUGCACACUGUAUAGAUGUUGGAACAUUUCGUUUGAUGGGUUCAAUCCGUCUCCUCUGCAAAAACGGAAUUUGGUUGGGAAAGCUACCAGUUUGCCAAAAGACAGAAGAAGAUGCAAUGGCUCCCCCAACAAUCUCGAUCUAUACAGAUGUGACAUGGAAUGGACAACAGAUUGAUUAUUCCAUUGCAAUAAAUGGGAGUGUCAAAGUGGCAUCAGGUAGACAACUUGAGCUCAGUUGUCGUCACAGUUUGUAUGAAGUAAAUAACCUGGAAUGGUACACGACCAGUCAUACGUACCCUAAUUUCAGGAACAGUCUUCGGGAAGAUAGAUUAAAAAACACAACAGCCGCUCAUCUAAGUUUUCCAGAAGUGGCCAGACAGUAUUCAGGACGUUAUAUUUGCAGAAUUAAAAACACAACAAUCUUCCAUUUUGUAGACAUAAUCAUUUCCUGA